AAGCGUGUGAGACCACGGUUUAUUCCGUGGGGGUGCGAUGGAUGUGAUCUGCAGCGAUGAAGGCUAUUAAAACGGUGCGUUUGGAUUUUUUGUAUUUUGUCAUCUGAAUUUUUGAUGUUUUCUUACAUGAUAAACGCAAUACAAUCCCAAGCGUAAAAAAGAUUAGGAGGCGAGUUUUGUUUGCAUUUUGGUAUUCUUUGUUACUUAAGCUAUCAUGGAGUAUGAUUUUACAUGUGAAAAGAAGGAAACAGAUGGAUGAAUUUGUGGAACGAAAACCACAUGAGGAAAAUGUUGGGAAAAAAAAUCAUGUAGUCAAAAAUUAGAAAAUUACAGUUAUUUGAAUUAUAAAAUCAUAAUCCUGGUGUAGUAUACAUGCAUGAGCGAUAUUGAUUAAUUUUUAUAACAUAACUUUAAAGUAAAUUCUUUAAAAAUUUAAAUUUUUAAAAUUUAACUAUCAGUUGAUAAACUUUUUCCGCCAAUCAAACGUGUACACAGUUAACCGGCAGAAAAGCUCGUAUGUUGUACGUGUAAAUACAACAAAAACUAUUCAGCCAGACAAUCUCUUGCUGGAGGGAUGGAGUGUCACCGUUUUAUAGCAUCUCUUUUUCGAUCGUGAAAAGAAAAACUCUCAAAAGCUGUAACCCUAAAAUCAAGUAGGAAGCGAAGCUCCAAGUCCAUUUUGUUCAAGUCCCUGUUGCUCACACCUGCAACCCGAGCGUAGACCUCGUUGGUGUAGUGCCUGUAAAUUUGAAAUCAGUUUUAUUAAAAACACUUGUGGCAUCGAAAUCAAGAACUUGAUGACAUUAGUUAUAAAACUAAUCCUCAUUUUAAAUUGGUUAUAUAUAGAAAGUUUAUUUCAUUUUCUAAAUUGACAAGUAUAGUCUUAUAAUGCAUGAUAUAUGUAUAUGAGAAGUGAAAACGCAGAAGUGACAAGGACCCUAUGAAUUAACAUUCAAUGAGACAACAAACGAAUGAGUAUGCUUAUGAGCCAACCGGCCUAUGUACGCAUACCCGACCACGAAACACGCUGGGCUACAUUUUGUGUAUUUAUAUAUCCUCUCAAGGUACUUCGCUAUACUUAUGAUCGGUGCUCUCAAGCCGUAAACUCUUAGCUAACCACUCGUUUUGUGCGACGAGUUUCUCCAUCAUGUGGGAGAUUAUAGUCAGCAUCUUGGAGUGGCGGCUUCCGAAACUUGUUCCACGACCGAGUCCGGUUCAUCGUUUCCGGCUGAGGCUAGCAUGGUGAUUGGUGGGUUCUCCUCUCGUAAAUGGGCCAUGUUGUGUCCUUUGUUUUGGCUAUGUAUGUCUUAAUUAGCUUGUAGGUGGGUGGUGGAGAUACGAUGAGUCUUAGAGCAUCUGUAUUGGUGGGAUGAGGAGAGAGGGAGAGAAAGUCCCUUUUUGUUCUUUUUUUUUUUUUUUUUUUUUGGUCAUAGAAGAGUAAGGGACAACCCUUAAUUAAGGGCUUUUCUCUUCUCUUUCUUCCUCGGUUCCCACCUUCUUCCCCUAAGGGAUGUCUUAAGGGCCUUCCAAUACAGAUGCUCUUACCCUGACGCGGAGAUGUUAUCAUGUUUUGUCUGACUUUUGAGCAGCUGGUGAAGUGGACUGUGGAUAUGACAUGUGUCACUUUGUAAGAAGAGAGGGUUCAGAUUUUUUUUUUUUUUUUUCAGCAAAUAAAUCAGUUAUCAAACAACUUUUUCCACGUACUUUGCUGCAUAUUCCUAUAAUAUCUCGAUGCAAAUACUAAAUUUAGUAAUGUUAGAUCCUAUCCAAUGUGAGAAAACAGCGUACACGUUAACUCUCUACAUAUUUCGGAUGCAUGCCAUGGGGAUUUUCACGUCAGAUUUUUGUGGGACCGCGUUUUCACUAGUUAUAAAACAUAGCAAGCAACCUUUAACCUCUCUUAAGUUUUUGUUUUCACUUCUUCUUCUACUUGAUUACGCCACGUGGAAUUUAACUUGGACUUUUAACCACGUGGGCGAACGUUUUCACACGGUAUAAAACCAUAGCAAUCCUACCUCUAUCACUCUUUUCUUUUCCCCUUUCUACGUGAUUUACACCACUGUAAAAACUCUCUCUUUCGUUCUUAUCUUUCACUCGAUUCAAAAGAAAAUAUUUUGUUUCAGCUUGUAAUAUGUUUUUAUCGAUACUUUGUAAAUCCUCUAUCAAAAAGUUUUGAGUUUCUCUACUUCACGUGAAGGUUGUGAAUCGGACUAAUACGUAAGUGUUUCUUCCUCUUUAUAAGCUUUCAAAGCCAGUUUGAUAUAUGUUUUCUUAUCUGAAACCUACAAAUUACAACAUUUUUGUCCCGAUUUAAUAUAUUUCAUCCCAAAACCCAUCAUGUAUCCAAAUUGCUACGAUCUGAAAUUCCAAAAUCAUCAUUUUCUUUUUUCUUUUUUUGGUACGCAAAAUCGUAAUUUUCAAUUUUGAGAUAGCUCUAAAAUGUUCAUGAAUCUCUGUUUUGCAGGAUCUUACGUGAGUUUCUUGAUCGAGUAAUAACCAAAAGCGUGACACUAAAUUUUAUUACAAAUCUCACAGAUUCAAAUUCUUAUAAAGUAUAUUUUUGUUCUAUCAUAUCUCAAAACAUGGAGCCGAAAUGUGAUUAUUGCGCAACCACACAGGCAAUAAUUUACUGCAAAUACGAUUUGGCUAAACUAUGCUUAAAAUGUGAUGUCCAUGUACACUCUCCGAAUCCUCUGUCUCGCAGACACAUGCGUUCUCUUAUCUGCGAGAAAUGCUUCUCACAGCCUGCCGUUAUUCGCUGUCUCGACCAGAAGGUUUCAUAUUGCCAAGGAUGCCAAUGGCAUGUACGCAGCUGCUCUGCUUUAGGACACAGACUUCAAAGUCUAGAGCCAUUCUCCGGUUGUCCUUCUCCAACAGAAUUUUCCAGAAUGUGGUCUUCAAUUCUUGAAUCUUCUGUUUCCAGUUUAGUUAAUCCAUCCAUUGGUUCUUUGCCCUUGGUUGAUCCCAACAAUGACAUGUUCGAGAUGUCAAAAAUCAACGAGCUAGACGAUUUGAUUGGUUCCUCUUAUUCAAUGAUGUCACAAAACAUCACUUACAUUCAGAAUCUCAGUGAUCAAUCAUCUUUCUUUUCUGGGGAUUCUAAGGGAUGUCCUGAUUUAAUUCUAAAACUUGAAGAAGGCGAAGAAGAUCUGUGCGAGGGACUUAACUUGGACAAUGCGCCUUUAAACUUUGACGUUGGAGAUGAUAUCAUCUGCUGCUCGCCACAAGAACACAUAGAAUCUGAUCAAACAUUACCAAAUGGUCCCUUGGCUUACAAGAACAUCAUAUCUGUUACCGACUCAAACUUCACUACUGACAACCCUUUAGAGGCAACGUCAACAGGACAUCAAGAUUGCAAAAGUUAUCAUCAGUCAGGUCCGUUGCAAAUGAACAUCAACAUUGGACUUCCUCUUCCGACAUCUCCUAUCUUGUUCGGACAGAUCAAUCCGAACAUCAAAGGUCAUGAAAGCACUGCAGUGGAAUACCAGGAUUGUGGUAUGUCUACAGGGUUGAUAAUGAGUGAUUCCCCAUGGGAAUCAAAUCUUGAAGUUGGUUCUCCACAAACAAGGAAUGAAGCUAAGUUGAGAUACAAAGAGAAGAAACUCAAGCGCACUUUUGGGAAACAGAUUCGAUAUGCAUCUCGCAAAGCGAGAGCUGACACGAGAAAAAGAGUGAAAGGAAGAUUCGUGAAAGCUGGCGACAAUUAUGACUAUGACCCAUCAUCACCAACCACGAAUCAAUGAGUUUUCUUUUCCCUAAAACAACUUUUUUCUUUUUUGAAUCGAGGAAAUCAACAUGUUUCGGCAUGGGAACGUUGGAGUACUGCACGAAGAAUGCUUAGACGUAGUGAAAGUGACGAAUUGGGUGGAAAGCCAAAAUGGGUGAAAAAUAUAGUAAUUUUGCUUCGUUUUUUUUACUGAAAUUCUUUUGUUUUUCUUUUAUGUUUACCAAUAAUUUUCUAGCUUUUAUGAUAAAUAAAGUACUAUGUCUUUCUCCAUAAGUUAGCUGUUUCAGAGGACGCGGUUAACGUGUCUUAAUUAGGAUUGUUAAAAAAACUAGUUCUUUUGUUUGCAAGUUGUAAUAAGAACUGUCGAGUCUUUUCACUU